AUGCCUCUGAGGCAUACCGCUCAGACUGAGACCUUUUCGCCUGAGGAACUUUACGACGUUGUCUGCGGUGCUGCUUCGCAAGAUCCACGUCAAGUGCAAGCGUCUGCAGCGCGUCUCAAGGAGCUGCUCGAGUUACCGGGUGCUUAUGAUACUCUGCAUGAAAUUGCUGCACAGAAGACAGUUCCUUUAGCCGUUCGUCAGCAAAGUAUCAUCCAAUUCAAAAAUGCAGCACUCAGUCAUUGGAAGUCGAGAAAGCAAGUCACCCAAUUAUGCUACGGCCCGACCAUUCUGAUGCUGGAUCACAGACUUUUGAAUGAUGAACAAAGAACCCGCAUACGCGGUCGAUGCCUUGCACUCCUUGAUGAAAGCGAUGACGUCAUUUCAGAGUGUAAUGAGUUCAUCGUGGCCAAAAUAGCACGCUCUGACCUCCCUAACAACUGGUCGGUGUGGUCAUUAUUUAUAUCGCUGCUUUCACCAUUACUGACGUGUAGAAGGCCGAACCUUUUGCCCACAUUACUCGAAGUGAUAAACGCUAAUGUGAGGGAACGGUACGCUGGAGCAAGCACGGGCCAGGCUCUUGUCCUCCGUCGGAGUCUAGAAGUGCUGAAUGCCAUCCUCAAAGAGCUGGCCGGCGUCAAGUUGCCUGGGGGAAUCAAAGCCAUGGGAAUUCUUGUUGAACAACUACAUUUAGUGUUGCAAGAGCACUACAGUCGAGUCACAGCAUCCUUCGUCUCUUCUCUCACGCCAGCAACUAUCGUCUCACCACGCACGGCCGAGGACUUACUUUUUGCCCAUCUUGUCUUCAAAUGUGUCGCUAAGAUUGCCAUAUGGUCGUGGAAUCGUACCACGAAUCAUGACGAGCGAGGACUCGGCCCUUGGACAGAACAGCUUUUCCAAGCUUCAGCCGUUCAACUCCAGACUCUAUCCGAACUACGUAUCAAUCUCGUUCUUGCGCUUCAGUCAGCAACGACAGACGUGGUCGGGCAGCGUUCUAUAGACAUAUUAACACGUCAUGUGCGGCUCUUCGGGAAACUAUUUCGACAGAUGCAACAAAAACAUGCCAGCCGGUUUGUCUCAUUGCCCUUGUGUGGCGACUUGGUCCUCUACUAUUGGAGUAAGGUUGUACAAGCAUCAAGUGCUCCACAAGAGUACAUUACAGACACAUCAUAUGCCGUUUUUCCUGUCCGUUUCCUCGUGCAGGCUAUGGUUCUGUUUAAGGAGAGCCUAGGCCAAUGGGCGCCUGUGAAAAAGGAUGGUACAGAAAACGCCAGAGCUCUCACUAAGGAAUUUGUUGAGAAUGCGGUGCAGAUUCUGGUGACUCGCUACAUUCCGUUAAACCCAUUAGACUUAGAGGAGUGGAUGGCUGACCCAGAAGGUUGGGUCAACGUUGAGGAGCAGGACAAUGAGCAAUGGGUUUUCGAGAUCCGCCCUUGUGCAGAACGCGUCCUCGUGACCUUGGCAAACCACUAUCACCAGCACGUCACGCCUCUCCUUGAGACAACAUUUAAGCAGAUUGUUGUACAACAUCCUACCGAUCUCCCCAGUGUAUUGCAAAAAGAAGCGUUUUAUUGUGCUGUGGGCCGCUGCGCCCGUCGAAUGAAGGAUGUCAUUCCAUUCGAUCAAUGGCUGGAACAUACUCUCAAUGCAGAAGCCCGAGAAACCAACUCGAGUUAUCCCAUCCUCAAGCGUCGCAUCGCCUGGCUAAUUGGCAAGUGGAUCUCCGACGAGUGCUAUCCUGCCAAGGACCCGGCGGUUUGGCAAGUACUGCUGUACCUACUGCAAGAUCGGGGCCCGGGCACAGACGAAGUGGUGCGAUUGACAGCAGCGAUUGCUGUCAGAGAAUGCGUCGACACCCUGCAAUUUGACGUCAAUGUCUUCGAACCAUUCCUUCCUUCUGCUGUGAACGAGCUCGUACGGCUCACUGCAGAGACUGAAACCCUCGAGAGCAAACGCCGGAUUGCAGCCAGUCUCAAUACGGUCAUUGAGUGUGCUGGGACUCGAGUAUGGACAACCGCCGGAGAAGACUGGCUGUUCAAGGCCUCGCUACUUGUUACAGUCACUAAACUCAUUGAGGCUUCGAAAGAGCAUUCUAUGUCCCUUAACUCACUGGUCGUUUCACUAGUUCGUGAAGGUCUCUCUCUUGGGGCGCAAUUGCAUCUAGAUGAAGAUGCAAUAAUCCUGUGGAAGGCGGCGCUCCACAACGCUGUCUCCAUUGAGGGUGCAAAUGGCGUACCCGGGCUGAUUGAUCUCUUCCCUCUCGCGAUCUCCCUUCUGUCGGAAAACCUGGAUCUCUUAGGCAGCGUCAUCAUGAUUCUAGAGUCUUACUAUCUCUUGGAUGCGUCACGCGUGCUUCAGUUCUAUGCAGUUGACCUUUUGCGUGCCUACGUGAAAGCAAUUGGUCAAGCUGUGGCUGUCAAUGUCCAUGAGAUGGCGACCAGUUUGACGAUCCUGUUCCAGAUCGCUCCUGCGGCGCUAUGGGGUGAAGCUAUGCAUGUUUCUGGGCUAUUCGCCCUGAUCGUAGACACCCUAUUGGAGGACAAGGCUCAAACCAUCCUUCUGACAGAAUACAUAUAUGUCCUCGCCCGGAUCGCUACAGCGGACAAACACAUGUUCCUUCAGUUAAUAUCUGCCACGGCUAACUCUCGUAGCAAAGCGGAGACAGAACUGUGGGAAUGUAUCCUCGAUCAAUGGUGGACAAGAUUUGAUAACAUGUCCGAGCCCCGACUUCGAAAAUUGACCGCCAUGGGUAUUGCGAGCCUGGUCUCGACCGGGCGUCCAGAAGUCCUAGACAGGUUGUCGUCGGAAGUUUGUAACCUCUGGAUCGACGUGUUCGGCGAAAUCAAGGAAGCGCAGGCGCAAGGCAGUCAGCUGAGCGUUAGUAGUGACGGCUCACCGUUGACAAUUUACUGGGACCAGCCAAUGGAUUCAUUCUUCAAGGAUACAGCAGGUACUUUAGAGUACGAGCGGCGCAAAGCUCUCUUCGAUCACGACCCAGUAAGAACCACGAAGUUGACGACCUACGUGGCCGCUCGUAUGCAAGAGGCUGAGAUGGCUUGUGGUGGCCCAGCUCGUCUCCAGAGCAUGUACUUAGCGAAAGCGGAUCCUCUGGUACUAAGGCAGAUACAGGCAGAGCUUGCGGGCCAGCGUGCAUAG